UGUUACUUCAUCGGUCGGUUUGUCCGGUGCGUGGAGGAGAAUCGCGAGUUGACGGCUGAGAGCGUAAAGGAGUUGCGAGCAUUUUCACUGCUCCGACUGAUGUUUCCAUCAGGUCUGCAGGUAGCUCUGUUACUCCUCGCACUGAUGGUGACUCUCGUCUCGGAGAGGGUGCUGUGUCCUACGCCCACGUUACUGCACAUCGCGAUGCAUGUUGCGGUUGGUGUGAUCGCCUUCAUAGGCGUACUUGGAGUCACUAUGUGGGAGGAGAAGUCCACAGUGGCAAUGUUUUCGGGGACGGGCUUUGGGCGCAUUCUCGACCGCCUUUAUCACUUGCUGCCCUUUUAG